UGAGGUUUGGCCUUGGAGCCGGAAGGCCGGGCACCACAGGCCGUGUUUGAGAGACUGCUGUGUCUUUGCUUAUUCCACUAAAACAGUCAUGGGUCCCCCAGGGGGCUCAGUGCUUCCUCUGCCACUCGCGUCCCUCAGACCAUGGAGCCGGGAUCCAGGCAUUGUAGUUUCAAAACCAAACCAAACAUGGUGUGGUGACAUUUAAUUUAGUGCUUCUCAUUUCAGAGCCCUUAAAAAUAUUAAUUAGUGCCCAUAAAACCCCAGGAGGCAUAUUAUUCAUAUCUGUAGCGCCUUUCAUGCUAGUCCGUAAUGGUCCUUUUAGUGCAGUAGGUGGGAAAGUGAGGCUAAAUCAUUUUUUUGCAGCCCCACCGGAGAAGACCUUGGUGGAGCCAAGGUCAGCAAUAAUGAAUCUCUAAUUUUAUGGAUGUCUCUGAGGAAUGUCAACCCCAUGGCCUUGCAUGUGGUUUGGGAGAACAGUACUCCCCUUUAGGACUAAUCUCAGGGGGAGGUGGACCGACCUUCCCUGGAGCUGGGACUUUGCAAACCCCAGUUCAUUCGCCGCAUGAAGGAGGGCAAGCUGAGAACAGCUGUGAGCGAGCGGCGAGAGUGAGGCGUGGGCGACAGUGGGAGGCACUUGUCACGUCCCCUGGAAAGGUGCCCAGCGGCCUGGGACCGUGAAGUGAGUGCAGGCCCCACAGGGUGGACGGCCUGCUGCUCCUGGGAGAUGGUGUGGCCUGUUCAUAUUUUAGGGUGCCUCGCCUCUGAGCAGCUCUUCACCACUGUAUGUUGGGGUGUCUGUACCUGAGGAGCAAGAAAGCCACUGUAGAAGGAUUCAUGAAGUUGGGAGGCUCCCUGGUAUCUGGGGUUUCGUUUGGGGCCUUUCUCUUUUAACUCACUUUCUGAUUUCACGGUGUGCUUUGUGCAGUGUGGUUUUGGAGGACGUGUGUCCAAGUCAUCUCGAUAAGAUGUUCCCUCUCUGCCCCAGAAAUGGAUUUUCAUUUAUCAGCCACCCUCAUCUCGUUUCACAGGGUUAACCAAAAUUCAGCUGUUUAGAGCAUUAGGACUCUGUGCCCUGGCUCCGUCUCACUCAGAGCACAGAUUCCUGGUUUAUCAGUGACAAGUCAGGAGUGCUGGCCUGUGUUGUUCUCUUCACUGUUUACCCUGUGGGAUUCCAGAGGAACAGGUAAGCGCCCGCCACCUAGACCCAGCGCUGUCUGUGGGCACACUUUGUGAUACUGCGCUGAGAUUCACUCGUGUCACUUUAGCAGCAGAUAGGAUUCAUCCUUUUCCUCGUCUCAUUACUGAGUGUUGUCAUCUGUCACUCAGAAGCUGCUUGCUGGUGGCUGAGCACGUCGUGAAGCCGUGGGAAGGGUGUGAAAAUGGAGCCAGUGCCGAGGGGCACACCUGAACUGUUAACCGGGUCUGCCUUCGUAGGACUCACAGUGUCAGUGGGACUGACAUGGCCACACGGGGACAGUGAAUGCUGUGUGUCAGCCAGAGAGAAAGAAAAGAUGGUCUGUCCUGAGGGUCUGGGGAGGAGCUGCGCACCAGAGCUGAGCCCCUGCUUCGACCCGGACCAUCUCCCUGCGGGUCAGCCCUUCAGAGCCCCCACGUGGGGGACCCGCAGCCUCUGUCAGUGUCAGAUGAACGCACGCUGCCUUGCUGGUGAAAAUGAACUUGACACCUCACAUACAUGUGCGCGUUCUCGUGAGCCUCUGGUGUGGCACCUUUAUUUUAUGAGCAGCGUUCUGGCCCAUUUGAAGGAGACUUGGGGAGGGAAGACCAUGUCCUCUAACCGCUUAUUGUUCAUGUGUAUUAAUGCUGUUGAUGUUCAUAACUUAAUUUUAGGUCCUGCUCAAUCCGUGAAUUCCUUCCAUUCAUCAGCGAGAGUCCAGGCAGGAGCCGGUGGGGGCUCAGCCGGGCCAGCAUGGCGAGGAACACAGGGCAGGCAGCCUCCUUCCUCUGUCUGGCACUUUCUGUCUGUGCUGCUGUUGCCGCGUUGGCCUGCAGCUUCCUGCAUUUAAGCAAAGUAUCUCUUCCACGUUCCAGGGGUUUUUUUUCCAGAAGGCUUCAGUGUUUCCAAGAAACCUUUGUCAUCACAGUGGUUGGACCUGUUGCUUACUGUGGCCGCGCGGCAGGCUUCACUCGCCCAUCUCACGCGGUUUUCCCGGAGCUCCCUCGGAAUACUGGUUGGACGGGUGAAGUUCCAGCCCCCUCUGAGGAGUCAUUAUCCCCGGUUUACAGGCCCGGUACAAGCAAAGCCUCGACCCUACGGUGGACGAAGUGAAGAAGCUGUGCACGUCCUUACGCCGGAACGCCAAGGAGGAGCGGGUCCUCUUCCACUACAACGGCCACGGGGUGCCCAGACCUACCGUGAACGGGGAGAUCUGGGUCUUCAACAAGAACUACACUCAGUACAUCCCUCUGUCCAUAUAUGACCUGCAGACGUGGAUGGGCAGCCCAUCGAUAUUCGUCUACGACUGCUCCAACGCUGGCUUGAUCGUCAAGUCCUUCAAACAGUUUGCCCUGCAGAGGGAGCAGGAACUGGAGGUCGCUGCCAUUAACCCAAACCACCCGCUCGCGCAGAUGCCCCUGCCCCCGUCCAUGAAGAACUGCAUUCAGCUGGCAGCCUGUGAGGCCAACGAGCUCCUGCCCAUGAUCCCCGACCUCCCGGCUGACCUGUUCACGUCAUGCCUCACCACCCCCAUCAAAAUUGCCCUGCGCUGGUUUUGCAUGCAGAAAUGUGUUAGUCUGGUGCCUGGGGUCACACUGGAUUUAAUAGAAAAGAUUCCCGGCCGGCUGAAUGACCGGAGGACCCCUCUGGGAGAACUGAAUUGGAUCUUCACGGCAAUCACAGACACCAUCGCGUGGAAUGUGCUCCCUCGGGAUCUCUUCCAAAAGCUCUUCAGACAGGACCUCUUGGUGGCUAGUCUGUUUCGAAAUUUUCUCCUGGCAGAAAGGAUCAUGAGGUCCUAUAACUGCACCCCCGUCAGCAGCCCACGCCUGCCCCCCACUUACAUGCACGCAAUGUGGCAAGCCUGGGAUCUUGCUGUCGACAUUUGCCUCUCUCAGCUGCCAACCAUCAUUGAGGAAGGCACCGCAUUUCGGCACAGCCCCUUCUUUGCUGAGCAGCUGACCGCAUUCCAGGUGUGGCUCACAAUGGGCGUGGAGAACAGGAACCCACCCGAGCAACUUCCCAUUGUUCUGCAGGUGCUGCUGAGCCAGGUGCACCGGCUGAGAGCCCUGGACUUGCUGGGACGAUUCCUGGACCUGGGCCCCUGGGCAGUGAGCCUGGCCUUGUCUGUGGGCAUCUUCCCCUACGUGCUGAAACUGCUCCAGAGCUCAGCCAGAGAGCUGCGGCCCCUUCUGGUGUUCAUCUGGGCCAAGAUCCUUGCCGUGGACAGUUCGUGCCAAGCUGACCUGGUGAAGGACAACGGUCACAAAUACUUCCUGUCGGUCUUGGCAGACCCUUACAUGCCAGCUGAACACCGGACCAUGACGGCCUUCAUCCUCGCCGUGAUUGUGAACAGCUACAACACCGGACAGGAAGCCUGCCUCCAGGGAAACUUGAUCGCCAUCUGCCUGGAGCAGCUCAAUGAUCCCCACCCGCUGCUGCGCCAGUGGGUGGCCAUCUGCCUGGGACGCAUCUGGCAGAACUUUGACUCGGCGAGGUGGUGUGGCGUGAGGGACAGUGCGCACGAGAAACUCUGCAGCCUCCUCUCUGACCCCAUCCCUGAGGUGCGCUGCGCGGCAGUCUUCGCCCUUGGCACGUUUGUGGGCAACUCUGCAGAGAGGACCGACCACUCGACCACCAUCGACCACAACGUGGCCAUGAUGCUGGCCCAGCUGAUCAACGAUGGGAGCCCCGUGGUCCGCAAGGAACUGGUGGUGGCUCUGAGUCAUCUCGUCGUUCAGUACGAAAGCAAUUUCUGCACGGUGGCCUUGCAGUUCAUGGAGGAGGAGAAGAACUACCCCCUGCCUUCUCCGGCGACCACAGAGGGUGGGAGUUUGACCCCAGUGCGGGACAGCCCGUGCACCCCCAGACUCCGCUCCGUGAGUUCCUAUGGAAACAUUCGUGCCGUCACCACCGCCAGAAGCUUGAACAAAUCCUUGCAGAAUCUGAGCUUGACAGAAGAAUCGGGCAGCGCGGUGGCCUUCUCCCCCGGCAACCUCAGCACGAGCAGCAGUGCGAGCAGCACCCUGGGCAGCCCCGAGAACGAGGAGUACAUCCUGUCCUUCGAGACCAUCGACAAGAUGCGCCGCGUCAGCUCCUACUCUGCCCUCAACUCCCUCAUCGGAGUUUCCUUUAACAGUGUUUACACUCAGAUUUGGAGAGUCUUACUGCAUCUGGCUGCAGACCCCUACCCAGAUGUAUCUGACUUGGCCAUGAAGGUGCUCAACAGCAUCGCCUACAAGGCCACAGUGAAUGCCCGGCCCCAGCGCAUCCUCACCACAUCCUCGCUCACCCAGUCGGCGCCUGCCAGCCCCACCAACAAGGGCAUCCACAUCCACCAGGCAGGGGGCUCCCCACCGACGUCCAGCACCAGCAGCUCCAGCCUGACCAACGACGUGGCCAAGCAGCCAGUCGGCCGAGACCUGCCCGCGGGCCGCCCUGGCGCCCCUGGCCCUGCAGGGGUGCAGUACACGCCUCACUCCCAGCAGUUCCCCCGCACGCGGAAGAUGUUCGACAAGGGCCCGGACCAGACCACCGAUGAUGCAGAUGACGCUGCUGGACACAGAAGUUUCGUCUCGGCCACGACACAGACCGGCUUCUGUGACUGGAGUGCCCGGUACUUCGCCCAGCCUGUCAUGAAGAUCCCGGAAGAACAUGACCUGGAGAGUCAGAUCCGCAAGGAACGGGAGUGGCGAUUUCUUCGCAACACGCGGGUCAGACAGCAGGCGCGACAGCUCAUCCAGAAGGGUAUCGCAAAACUGGAUGACCAGAUAUUUCUGAACAGGAAUCCCGGCGUCCCCUCCGUGGUCAAGUUCCACCCCUUUACACCAUGUGUGGCCGUGGCUGAUAAAGACAGCAUCUGUUUUUGGGACUGGGAGAAAGGGGAGAAGCUGGAUUACUUUCACAACGGAAACCCUCGGUACACCAGGGUCACCGCCAUGGAGUACCUGAAUGGCCAGGACUGCUCACUGCUGCUCACAGCCACAGAUGAUGGUGCCAUCAGAGUCUGGAAGAACUUCGCGGAUUUGGAAAAGAACCCAGAGAUGGUGACUGCUUGGCAGGGGCUCUCGGACAUGCUGCCAACAACCAGAGGAGCCGGGAUGGUGGUGGACUGGGAGCAGGAGACCGGCCUCCUCAUGAGCUCGGGGGACGUGCGGAUCGUCCGGAUCUGGGACACAGACCGUGAGAUGAAGGUGCAGGACAUCCCCACGGGCGCUGACAGCUGUGUGACAAGCCUUUCCUGUGACUCCCACCGCUCCCUCAUUGUGGCUGGCCUCGGCGACGGCUCCAUCCGCGUCUACGACCGGAGGAUGGCGCUCAGCGAAUGCCGCGUCAUGACCUACCGGGAGCACACAGCCUGGGUGGUGAAGGCCUACCUCCAGAAGCACCCUGAGGGCCACAUCAUGAGCGUGAGUGUCAACGGGGACGUACGCUUCUUUGACCCUCGGAUGCCGGAGUCUGUGAACGUCCUUCAGAUCGUGAAGGGGCUCACGGCCCUUGACAUCCACCCCCAGGCAAACCUGAUCGCCUGCGGCUCCAUGAACCAGUUCACGGCCGUCUACAGCGGGAAUGGGGAGCUCAUCAGCCACAUCAAGUACUAUGACGGGUUUAUGGGCCAGCGCGUCGGGGCCAUCAGCUGUCUGGCCUUCCACCCACACUGGCCUCACCUGGCCGUGGGCAGCAACGACUACUACAUCUCCGUGUACUCGGUGGAGAAGCGCGCCAGAUAGCGGGCGCCCCUCCCCGCCAGGCCUCCGUGUACAUAGUGGAUCCACCGCGACACCCUCAACACUGGUCCUGACCUGCUGCCGAGGGCUCCAGGAGGCCCCUCGCUGUCUGUCUGUCCGUCUGUGGCCGCUGUCACGCCCAGGAGCCCAGGGAAGGGGCCUCUGGUGGAGUCCUGCCGUGUGACAGCCCAAGGACAGUCGCAGACAUCCCAGCACCCUUCCCGUCCUGUUUUGCUUCUGAGAUUUUUAAAGGGGGAAACACACUCGUUCUAUUUCACGAGGGACCUGAGCAUUGGCUCCACAGAAGCUCUGAGACAGAUGCCAUCUCCCCAGGGCUCAGCCACCCUGGCGGACAGGGGAGCUCUAGGGCUCAACAUAGGUCUCUGGGCCACUGCCUGGCCAUGAGCCAGCCUGGGCUGCAUCCCCCUGGCUGCAAGCUAGCCCGGGCUGUUUUUUCUGCGCACGCGCUCCUGGGGGCAUUUCCAGGCUGGGGGCAGGGGGAGUUCAAGAGACAGAGCCGGCGCAUGUAGAAGGAGACAGCCCAAGCCCCCUCGCCAACCGCCAGUCCUUGUAGGGGCCUUCAUGGCCAGGGGGAGCGAGGACUGGCAGUGCCCCUCCACCACACAGCCCACCUUCCCGGCACAGGCCCCUCUCAUCACAGACCCGCUAGCAGGAGGGGCCUGUGGCUUUGGACAGGUGAGGCAGGUCCUUGGCCAUUCCGCCACCACCUUGGGCCACAGGGCCUGUUUCUCUCAAGUGCUGCUGUUCCCCAGGCAGGUGCAGUGACAGCCACGAGGCCUGUGGCCUCCCACAUGGGUGUACACGCAGUGCGGGGCCCGUGGUCUGCACACCCGAGCCCACACGCGAGCACACAGUUGUGCGGCCCCACGGCCUCCUGGCCUGCACAGGCAUCACACACGCACAGUGCAGGGGCGGCUGGAGCGCGGCGGGCGUCUGUGGGUCAGCAGUGGCCCAUUCUUCCCACCACCGGCUGGCUCAGCAGAAGUUUGCGUCUUGCAGCGAGUGAGGCACAAAAGUUUCUUGGUGAUUGCUUUGGCAUGGGUCAGGGCGUCUGCAUGUCGGCACACAGGUGUGCGUGUGUGUCUUCACGUGUACGUGCACGACCUCAGAGCCACGGGGACGGUUUAGCCCCAGAAAGGACAGCAGAGAAUGUGCUAAGCAAUUACAAACAGCGCUUGUAAAACAAAACCACAAUGAUGAUAUUCUGAAAAGCAUUUUUUCCAUUUUCCUUGGGAAUCAAGAUUAUUCAGAUAGGGGAGGAGUGAGCUGGCUUAACUAAUUCUGCCACUACGAGGCCAUAAUAGUGGGAAUGUGAGUCCCGUCGUGCUGCGGCGGGCGCUCUGCCUCCGCCAGGGCCGUGUCCCCGGGGACCGGGCAGCACCGGGCUCUGCGGCCGCGGGGACGCCCGUGCGCCCCGGGAGCCGGCUCCGGGACGGGGUCCGCACGGGCUCCCAGGUUGCCGGCACCUGGCACCUGUCCGCGCCCGGCAGCUGGCCCACCGGAUGGGUCGGGAGCGGCGGACUCCAGGCCGCGGAGCUGGGCGGUCUGUGCGGACACGGGACCGCCCACGCGGCGGCCGGCUGGGUCUUCCCGGGUCCGACGCGAAAAUCCAAUCAUGGAGUUAACCGGGGCUCCACAGAGCACGCCCUGAAGGUUCGUUUAUCUCUAUUUAUUUUACCAAAUGAGAAUUGCGGAGUGAAAGUGAGAGCAAACGACAACUGUUCAUGACAAUAAACAAGUGCAGAGGUGGUCUGUCUGCAGCCUUGUAGCUUGUGGGGGGGCGGGGGCGGGGCUGGGGGUGUGGUCGGGGGCGGGACGUUUGUGGGG